UAAAGCACAACAAGAGUCUCAUACAGUGCCUGUUGGGUUUCUCGCAAGCGAUUAAGUGCGCAGCUUCGGUGGCAAACGGUAAGCAAACGCUGCUUCUUGCCCAUCGAAACCGAUAAAUGUCGCUGGGCAACCGUUCUGGGCAGGAAUAGAAGCGGAUUCUUACCAUGCAGCCACCGCACAUCGUCCGUAUCGCGAGCCGGAAAUGUGUAGCGUAGUUGAACCUUCCGUCGUUUGAAAAUUGAUUGAACCCACCGGCUGCUCUAUCGUUAGCCAUCAUCGUACCAAGCCACCGUGUCAGCAUCGAUGGGUGAAGAACACGCAUAUCGCUGACACUUCGUCACCCCGCAUGAGCCCCGGGAGGUGGUUGUGGUGAAAAUUGCUAUCCUUCCACCUUCGCCCACCGCGGGGCGAACAACCUACGGCGGCGAACAGGUGAACGAUGAAUUUGUGCGGCUGGCUGAAGACAUUUAAACGCAAGGGCAAAAAUGCAAUCCGUGCGAGCGGGACAGCGGAUGAAGAUGGGGCCGAAAUGGCGCCGGCCGGGGAAAGCGAAAGCGGCGGCGAACGGUCAACGAGCGGGAAACGUGCUAAUGGUGGCCGCACCAUCGGCGGCUGGGGAAGGAAAAUUAAAAGUGUCACAAAAUUGGCGACUGGUGAGCGAAUUAGCGGCCAGCGGGAAGGCACACCGAACGCGAAGGAAACCCAUUCGAGCGCGAAUGACACCGCCGAGGACGCUGUUGUCGAAUGUGCUGAUGAAGGCAACCCUCGGAACAAAACCGCACUGAAGCCGGGCCACUCGUUGAUGGACUGGAUCCGGCUGGGCAACUCGGGCACCGAUCUGUCCGGCACCGGGGGUCGUGUCGUGCCGGUCACCCAUGCCGAACUCGCCAAGCAUGACCGGCCCGAAGACGCCUGGAUGGCCAUCCGGGGGAAGGUGUACAACGUGACGCGAUACAUGAACUUUCAUCCCGGAGGUUCCGAUGAGCUGAUGCGAGGUGCCGGCAAGGAUGCGACGAGACUGUUCGAGGAGGUGCACGCUUGGGUGAACUACGAAUCCCUGCUGGCGAAGUGCUACAUCGGUCCGCUCCGUAAUACAGUUACCAUCAAUCUUGCCGACAGCGGUAAUCCCAACAGCAAGCUCCCACCGCCACCACCGUCGUGGACCGCAAAGGCUUCCAAAUCAGACCCAUCCACGAACGUGACAGCCACAAAUUCCUCCCCCACACCGUCGGUCAAGGAUACCCUCGAUGCUGCCCCGAUAUCACCGCCACCCCUCUCGAUCGUCAGCUCGGCCAGUGACGAUUCGCUUAAGCUGUCCGUACCGAUCGUGCCCCGAUUCGACUGGAUACAGAAAACGUCCGAACUGACGCUCAUCUUCUACACCCGUUCGCUGGCCAAUCCGGGCGUGAUGGUCGAGUAUGUGGACCAUCUCGAGGUGACAGUUAACAUUCUGGUCGAGUCAAGCGUCCAGCACCGGUACCGGUUCCAUCUGGCCAACAACGUACGGUGGCCAUGCACCGCCCGCACAUCGCUCGAGUCGGGCAAAAUAGAGCUGAUGUUCCACAAGCUGUGCCCGGCACUAUGGACCAGCUACGGCCAGAUGACGUACGAGCGGCGGGAAAACUGUGAGCUGCAGCUGCACGAGUACGAUGUGGCAACGCGAAUUGAAAUAACGCACGAUUCGUGCGCGUUGCUGUUGCGGCCGAAGAACAACAGCCUGCUGCAGGUUACACCGGUCGGCUAUCACGUGUCCGUGUCCGCCUCCAUCGAGGGCGAGUACGUAUCGCGCAGUUACACACCCGUGCCGGCCAGCUGCGUGGGUACGGACUGUCCGGAAACGUUCGUACCGCUGCUGGUGAAAUCCUACCCGGACGGGUGUUUAUCCAAGCAUCUUACGCGGCCGGUACCGCUCGGUACAUCGCUGCAGGUGUCCCAGCCGAGUGGCAACUUCCUGCUAAGCAAACUGCGACAUCACAAUCGAUUUGCGCUGCUGGCUGCCGGCAGUGGACUGACUCCAAUGCUCGCCUUACUGCACUAUCUGCUCGAACGGAACAGCAAUCGGAUAGAACACAUCUGUCUGCUGUACUUCAACAAAACCGAGGCGGAUAUCUGGUGCCGAGAGAUGCUGGAAAAUUUAUGCAAAAAGGACAAAAGAUUCACCCUGAGGCAUUACUUAUCGGAGGUGGAACUUCCGGACAGGGAUGGUACCACGACGAGUGACGAAAAUCGUUCGACCUUCGUCCAUGGUCGCGUGACGCCGGACAUCAUACGGCAGCUGACGACGAAGGAUUCACCUCUGUACGCCACCUACCGCUGCCUGUGCGGACCGAAGCCGUUCAACGAGCUGUGCCAGCAGUACUUCCAACAGCUGGGUGACGAUAAUCCGAAGCAUCUGCACUGUUUUCAGGGUUAGUAGUAAGGCAGAUGAGAAGCGAGAAAUCAACCCCGCCCUACCCGAGAACGACCCAUUCCCGCGGCGUAUGUACGGCGACAUUGUGAUAGAACCAUUACCACAUAACAAUACGGGGCGGCGUGCAUCGUGUACACUGAUUGGCUGAUAUGACACGAAACAAAACAAUUCCGAAAUUGCAUUGCAUAGCAAGCAAACCCGAUAGACCGACCGAGAGAGUUUCAGUGCGCACCGAUAGUUUGUAUUUAGCGCACCGCAAAAUGUGUAGAAAAUGAGACGCUUCAUGCACCAACAAACCAGCACGUAGAGCAGCGCUUAGUGAAAGCAGAAAUACAGAAGGGCACAAUUUCACGCACGCGUUAGCAGUGUUACUACUAUUUUCUGUCAGCAAACAAACAAAACAAACAAACAAAACAAGCACCAGGCACCGUUCGCAACAAACAACAAUUCAUCAGGUGUAGAGUUGUGUCAUAAUAAUCCCCAUGCGCUGGGAGCAGAUAAUUAGCGUGCGUAAGAGUCAGAUGACAGGGAAAACAGUUUUACUUUGUAACAUUGAGAAAUGAAGUCCUUUUUUAAACAAAAAAAAACGUGGGAACCGACCCCACAGACAAACAGAGCGUCUCUCCGAACAGGUUCAACAUAUGCACAACGCGGUACAGGAUGGGUUUUCUUAUUGUAAUCCCCAAAACGGAAACAGAAACUUCUUUAGAUGCAUUUUUUAAAAUUGUUGAUUACGUACUUAAGGCCUUGUUUUUUUUGUAUUAAACCCCCACACACACAGCAAACAAAAAAAAGGUACUGAUUGUUAUCCGUAAGUGCGACGUUGUGGAAAGUAAUAGUAGUAAAACAAAUUAAUACGAAUGUUACGGAAAAGAAAAUGUAGCAAGGGGCUUUUUAUAUCCCUUCCUUACACACCAUCUUAUUGGGGUGGGGUGAGAGAAGGGUAGGAAUAAAUGGGGAGGGAAGCGGGUGCAAAAAAACACGUGAAAUGAAUAAGUGUAUAGUAAUAUAGCAAAGCGAAAUAUAAA